AUGGUACACCUUGUGGCUGUACCAGAGACAAUCACGGCAAGUGGCUGUGCUUGUGUCUUUAUUGACACCAUCUUCCGACUUCAUGGGUUGCCCCGUGAACUCGUAUCAGACAGAGAUCCACGAUUCACUGCUGAUUUCUGGCGUUCCGUGUUCAAAUCACUCGGAACGCGCUUGAAGACGUCAACAUCUGAUCAUCCAGAGUCAGAUGGUCAGACGGAACGUGCCAAUCGUGUCCUUGAAGAGAUACUUCGAGGAUACGUACACUCGUUUAAGAGUUGGAGUGAGUUUUUGCCGAUGGUAGAGUUUGCCAUCAACAACUCGGUGCAUGCGUCCACGACACAUACACCGUUUUACGUGAAUGGCUUGCGCCAUCCGCGUGUACCCACCUUACUAGAGUGUAACUCUGGUUUAAGGGGGGGAGGGACUCGCGCGAGCAAAAACCGAUUUGGUUCACGCUCAUCACGCUCUGACGAAGAAGUCAUUGCGUUUGAUGCCGAUAUCGAAGAAGAUGAUGCCAGUGAGAGUGCGGAAGCCCUCACUGAAGACAAUGAUCCCAGUGAGAGUGCGGAAGCCCUCACUGAAGAAAAGGUUGUUGUCGCUGCAGUGCGCUCACAGCACACUGAAGCUAACGAGUCAUCAGAUGAGUUCAUACUGGCUCGUGAAACGGUAGUCCGUUUUGUGCAAGACUCCAUCGCCGAAGCGGUGACUUAG